AUGACGAAAAACCGAGCAGUGAGCUCAAAUCCUGAGGAAGUCCAAGUUGCCCCUGUUGAUAGAAACAUUCAGGCGCAAAUAUUCCCGUUGCAGAGGGACUUGAACACAAACUCGGGCUGAGUAACUUGAGGGUGUGUGCAGCGGCGAUGCCAGCCCAGCCUGCUCUGCGUGAAGCAGAGGAGGAGAUGGAGACGGAGCCUGACUCUGAGGCACCUCACGCUAAUGGAGAGAUGGAGGAAGAGAGGGAGCGGGAAGGAGGAGAGGCAGAGGAGACGAUGGAGGAGAGUGGAGAGGAGCGAGAGAGUGACCUGGAGGAGAGUGAAGAAGAAGAGGAGGAGGAAGAAGAGGAGAGUUCAGAGAUUGAUGAUGAAGAUUGUGAAAGGAGGAGAAUGGAGUGUCUGGACGAGAUGUCUGAUCUGGAGAAGCAGUUCCUGGAACUCAAAGAAAAGUUAUUUCGUGAGCGGCUGGACCAGGUGAAAGUGAAGCUGGACGAGGUGCUGACAGGAAAAGCAGGAGAGUACAGAGAGCCACUGGCCACACUUCAGAAAAACAUGCAGCUACGCACUCAGGUAGCAGGUGUUUACAGAGAGCUGUGCCUUCAGGUGAUCAAACACAAACAUGAGUGUGAGAUACAGGGGGCCAAACAACAUCUGGAGAGUGAGAGGAUCCUGCUGUUUGAUACCAUGAAGACGGAGCUGCUGGAAAAGAUCCGCAGGCUGGAGGAAGACAAGCAGAGUGUGGACAUCACCUCAGAGUGGUGGAGUGAUGAAGUGCGGAUGAAGAAGUGCAAGAAGAGAAGUCACCUAAGCCACCUGGAGAGGAAGAAAAAGCCAGCGCUUGUUUCAGGACCCUACAUAGUGUACAUGCUGAGGGACAUUGACAUACUGGAAGACUGGACAGCCAUCAAGAAGGCUAAAGCAGCACUAAUCCCCUUGAAGAAGAAGUCAGACAGUCGUCAGUUGUCAGUACGCUGUGAAGGAGGCACUCUGUUUUAUGAGGGAGAGAGAUUCUCAAAGGGCAACACUGUGCUAUUGGAAGUCAAUGAUGAAAGCCCAACACAGGCAGUAAUAACAGCAGUCAGUGCAGGGGAAGUGUGGUUCAAAAGGACAGAUGGCAGCAAAACCAAAAUCUACAUCUCACAGCUACAGAAAGGCAAAUAUACAAUCAGGAGAGCCUAGAGUUUAUAUAUGUGCGCGCACAGCGCAAAUGUACACAGCCCUGCUGUGUGCUGCAGGUGUGUAUAUGGGUCAAAGACCAUGUUUGUCUUUUUUGGCAUCUUUUUCAUGUUAAUUUUUCAAAAAAUUACUAACAUGCAUUAAGAUCAUUCCAGUGUUACUUCUGUGAAGGUUAAAAAAAAAAAAAAAGACAUUGAAGGAAAAAACAAAGUUCUAAACUGCACAAAAGUGAUUCAGAAUAACAGUCCACAUUAAGAAAACAUUAAACAAAUAAUCAAAGAAAAAUAUAUGACGAAUAUUCUUAAGACUACUGUAACUCCCUAAAUUAUUACUUUACCAAAAAAAAAACUUUUGUCUUUGACCCAUGUACAGCAUAUUAACUGUUGUAACCAUGAGUCCAUCCUGUCGAGUGUGUCUGCACUACUACACUGCUCGGUAAUUCCUGACAGGCAGACAGACAGCUAGCCAACAGAGCUUCAUCAAUAAACACAAUAUGGCACUGGAAGGAGUGCUUCACUAACACACAGGCUUUCCACUGAGCAGACGGCAUAACAGCAGCUUCUGUUCACCAGCACACACAGCGUAUGGCCCAAUAACGGAAACUGCUGAAUCAUUGUUCCCCAACUGCAGCCACACACCCACAGUUACACAUUUAUACACCACUACACCCCAUUAUGGAGAAACGCAAGACUGUAGACCAAAUAGGGAUCAUAUAGAUGCAUUUAGUCGAAUAUAUGUAUCCUUACUCUUACCACAUACCAGUCUAAUAAACUGGAUUACCUAAAGCCAAAAGUGGAGCAUUCUGUGUAAACGUAACCACAGCAUGCCUGUAAUGUGAUUUAAAACAAUGCUCCUAUAAAGAAGUACACUAAAGAUUUUGCAAAGGCCUCAUCGACUGCAGUCACACAUUUUCUAGCUACACUAGUAAAGCUGCAGUCACACUGGAAAUUUGCACUUUGAGUCUCCUUCUGAAAUUGGUGUGACCAAGGCAACUUUGGUUGCCCAAAAAAAAAAAAAGGUUCCUUACGGUGCAGUUAGUGUUUAGCCAGCUAACUUUGAAGAAUGUGUCUCAACGUUGAUAAUGCAAUUCAACUUUUGUAAAGGGUAAUAAAACACAUCCUGUACCAUCCAGGGUCUAGUCCCACCUCAUGUCCAGGGUUUCCAUGGUAGGCUCCAGGUAUAAUGGAAGCCUGACCAGGAUAAAGCAAUUACUGAAGAUGAAUGAAUGAAGAAAUCAAGUUCUACAUCAUAAACAAAGCUUUGUGCUUACCCAUGUUGCUUGCUAGUGACUGUAAAAAGCAGAAAACAUAGUUAUACCAUCAAUUCCAGCCUCCAGAGAUCCUGUGUACUAUGCAUACUUUUAUAGUCAGGUCUAGAAGUAUUAUGUCCAAUCUCAUGCCUUCCCACUGUUAAAAUGAGCUCUUUGAUUAUUUUGGACCUUCUGCAGUGCUUUACAUUCUUCCGCUUCACGAUUUGAUUUCACUUCUAGCAGUUCACCAAAGGUGAAUUUGACACCGUUGUUUUUUGCUUUGAAAGUGUUCAGCUCAACAAAUUCCACUGAAUUUGAAUUGAAUUACAUUAAUUUCAAAAGCUAGUAUGACUGGGUUUUAUUGCACGCCCUGGUGCCGUUUCUCUAACGACACCACGUUUGUAGACUAAUAGGGCCAAGUUGCAAAAUGCCGCUUUAAUUAAAAUUGCACUUCAGAAGGAGAUUUGUGAUGUAAGAUUUUUUUUUUUUUUUUUGAGCUCAUUUUGAUAAGCCUUAAGUGCAAAGAGUAUUUUUAUUUGGAAACUGAGGGUGCUUAUAAAGCUUAUUUAAGUGUUUAAUAUAAACGUAUUUAUAACAAAUGUUUAUUAAAAUCUGGUCUUUUUGUUAAA